UCUUUCCACAUUUCACAUACACACACUCUCUACUCUUGGAUCACAUAGGCAACAAACAGUUUCACUAUUGUCAUUGGAUUCCAUGGAGACCAAAGAGAGUAAGAGUAUCCCUCUCCAAACCUAUAAGAUGGGACCUUUCAAUCUUUCUCACAGGGUUGUUGUAGCGCCAAUGACGAGACAGAGAGCGUAUGGUUACAUAGCUCAGCCUCACGCCAAGUUAUAUUACACUCAAAGAACAACACCUGGUGGUUUUCUUAUUUCUGAAUCUUGUGCAGUGUCCCACACAACAAAGGGCUAUCCGGAUAUACCUGGAAUAUGGACCAGAGAGCAAGUGGAAGCAUGGAAGCCCAUCGUAGAUGCGGUUCAUGCCAAAGGUGGCAUCUUCUUCUGUCAGAUUUGGCACGGUGGCAGGGUCUUUCAUCAAGGUUUCAGCCAAAAUGGGGAAGCUCCUGUCUCCUCUACAGACAAGCCAUUGACGUGUAAUAACAUCUAUGGAGGGCAGUUUACUCCUCCAAGACGGUUAAGUACCAAAGAGAUCCCUGCCAUUGUCAAUGACUUUAGAAUUGCUGCAAGAAAUGCAAUGGAAGCUGGCUUUGAUGGGGUGGAGGUUCACGGUGCACAUGGUUACCUCAUUGACCAGUUUCUAAAAGAUAAAGUAAAUGACAGAACUGACCAAUACGGUGGGUCACUGGAGAACCGCUGCAGAUUCGCUGUGGAAGUAAUAGAAGCAGUGGUGAAAGAGAUUGGUUCAGAUCGUGUGGGAAUCAGACUCUCACCAUUUGCAGACUACAUGGAGUCAGGAGAUACGAACCCUGAGGCAUUAGGACUCUACAUGGUGCAAGAAAUGAACAAGCAUGGAGUCCUUUACUGUCAUAUGGUUGAACCUAGAAUGAAACUCCUUGAAGAUGUGUUUGAAUGCAGUGAGUCGCUUACGCCAAUGAGAAAUGCCUUCAAAGGAACGUUCAUUGUAGCAGGAGGUUACUCUAGAGAAGAUGGGAACAAGGUAGUGGAAGAGGGAGGAGCUGAUCUGGUGGGUUAUGGACGGACGUUCUUGGCAAAUCCUGAUCUGCCAAGGAGAUUCGAACUCAAUGCACCGUUGAACAAGUAUGACAGAUCAACGUUCUAUACUUCUGAUCCUGUCGUGGACUACACUGACUACCCUUUUCUUGAGAACACAGACACAUCUGCUUCAUGUUGAUGCCACUUGCAACUAAUUAAUAAAACCUUUUUGAGGUGAAGUGGAUAAAACA